AUGGAGCAUCUUGGAGCCGCCACUACUGCGAAUCCCACGACGGUGACAGAGACAACCCCCCUACUACUGGGCGAGCCGAUCCCAGAUCCAGAAUCCGCCGAAAUCAAACCCUCAGAGCCAGGAUCAUGGCAACAAGAAACCAAAGUCAUCCUGCGGUACUCCGCGCCGCUAGCCCUGGCCCUCUUACUACAAUACGCCCUAACGACAUCCUCCAUCUUCGUCGUUGGACACCUCGGCAAGCGCGAGAUCGGCGCCGUCAGUCUAGCCAACAUGACCGCCACCAUCACAGGUUACACGGUCUACCAGGGGUUCUCGACCUGUCUUGACACGUUGUGUCCCCAGGCAUACGGAUGUGGCAAGAAGACGCUGGUAGGACUGCAUCUGCAGCGACUGACCAUGCUGCUGCUAUUGCUCACUGUGCCCAUCGCGGCGCUGUGGUUGAAUGCAGACCGGCUCUUUGCUUUGAUAUUGCCGGCCCAAGACGAUGAGACUGCGUUGCUCGCUGGGCUUUAUCUUAAGAUUCUGUUGUUUGGGGCACCUGGAUAUGCUUGCUUCGAGGCUGGAAAGCGCUUUCUCCAGGCGCAGGGUAUGUUCGCUGCUUGUCUUUUCAUCCUGCUGGUUUGCACUGCGUUUAAUGCAUUCAUGGGCUGGUUAUUUGUCUGGAAACUAAACUGGGGUUUCAUCGGCGCCCCAAUCGCAGUAGCAAUAACCAACAACCUCCUUCCCAUCCUACUCGCGCUAUACGUCUACCUAAUCCGCGGCCGCGAAUGCUGGCACCCGCUCUCCGGGCAGGUCUGGCAAAACUGGGGUCCAAUGAUGCGCCUCGCGCUGCCCAGCUGGCUCAUGAUGGAAGCCGAGUUUAUCGUGUGGGAGCUUCUCACGCUCGCAUCGUCGCAUCUCGGUCCCACGGAGCUGGCGGCCCAGUCGGCCCUUAUGACUGUUUCUUGUUUUGCCUUCUACAUUGGUUUCGCUGUUUCCGUUGCGGGGGGUACGCAUAUCGCGAUCCUUGUUGGUGCGGGUGCCUUGCGCCGCGCGGCGGUUGCGACUAGAGUGGUUCUUUGUCUGGCACUGACCAUUGGAUCGAGUGAUUUGGUGCUUCUGAUUUUGUUGCGGCAUGCUGUGCCUGUUCUUUUUUCGAAUAACCCGCAAGUUUGCCAUCUGAUCACCUACGUGCUCCCGCUAUGUGCGCUGCUGCAGAUCCCAGAUGCCUUUGCCGCCUCGCUGAACGGUGUGCUUCGCGCUCUGGGGAGGCCGGAUCUGGGCAGUUACGUCCAAAUCCCCGUUUACUAUAUCUUAGCGUUCCCGCUUAGUCUGGGCCUUGCAUUUGGGAUGGAUUGGGGUUUGAUUGGUCUGUGGGCUGGCCUUUCUCUCGGUCAGGUACUGAAUGUUUUGAUUGAGGGUGGUCUGUUGUGGUUUCUCCUCGACUGGGAAAAGGCCGCAAGGGAGGCAUCUACGAGGAAUCUAUUGCCUUAA